AUGUCAGGCUGGGAUCAAUACGUAACAAAUUUGACAAGUCAAGGUAUUACACAUGUUGGAAUAUUUGGUGCUGAUGGGUCACGCUGGGCUGCAUCGCCUAAUUUUCCAACAAUCGAUAACCUUAAAGAAGAAUUAUCGAAAGCUUUUUCUUCACAACCAUCAGGCAUUGUAGUGGACCGUGAAAAAUAUAUUUUCAUUCGUAAUGACGGCUCUUUUGCUGUCUUUCGAAAAGGUGCCGAUGGAAUGGCUAUUGUUAAAUUAAACCAAGCUUAUAUUGUUUCAAUUGGUAUCAAUCAAAAGCCUGAAACAUUAGUAGGAAAAACGAAUAAAAUUGGUGACUAUUUGAAGUCUUGCGGCUAUUAG